AUGUUGAGUAGCGGCCGUAGUUGGCGGCUAUUCUCAAAAUGCCUUGGACUUCCGUCUCGCACGGGAGCUAGGCCUGGCUUUGCCCGGGCUCGCUUCCAGAGUUCAUCUGCCAUCUCCGAAAUCGGUCCUCAGAUCUCUCCUGUCCUCCUCCAGCGCGCUCGAGCGGUCGCGGCCGAACACCAACAAUUGACGGCUGCGAAUGCCACCGACUACGAUGUCGGCAUUGCGAAGAAAAUCGGCGAGCUGAGCUCGGUGGCUACGGCGUUGAAAGAAUGGGACGACGCUCAGCAUUCUCUCGUCGAACUCCAGAGUCUCCUCCAUGACCCGUCCUCGGACGCCGAAAUACGCGGCCUCGCACAGUCAGACAUCGAAUCCACGCUCGCCGAACUGCCAGCGCUGACCUCUCGACUGAAGAAAUCGCUGGUGCCCGCGCAUCCGUUCGCCAACCUGCCCUGCAUGAUCGAGUUGCAUCCGGGAGCGGGUGGCAGCGAAGCGUCGUUGUUCGCCCAGACUCUUCUGGACAUGUACCUCGCAUUCUGUGCGCGGAUGAAAUGGCCCACCCAUCUGGCAUCAUACACUCCGGACGACUCGGUCUCAGACAAUGCGCUCACAGACGCGCUUCUCGAAAUCAACCAUCCAGGCAGUUACGAGAUCCUUCGUUCCGAAGCAGGGGUGCACCGCGUCCAGCGGGUGCCGGCCACGGAGAAAAAGGGACGCACACACACAUCGGCCGUGUCGGUCUUGGUGCUGCCCAAUCUACCCGAAUCGGGAGGCGAGUCGGACCUGGACUACGAAGACCCCAAUUCCGACUACUACAUUGCGCCGCAGGACGUGCGGUCCGAGACGAUGCGAGCCCGGGGCGCCGGCGGCCAGCACGUCAACAAGACCGACUCGGCCAUCCGGCUGACGCACAUCCCCACGGGCAUUGUGGUCGCGAUGCAAGAUUCGCGGUCGCAGCACAAGAACCGCGAGAAGGCGUGGCAGUUGCUCCGCGGCAAGAUCGCCCAGCUAAGGCGCGAACAGCGUGAGGCCGAGAUCAUCGCCAUGCGCCGCAGCGUCAUGGGCGGCGUCGCCCGCACCGGCCGAGAGGACAAGGUGCGCACCUACAACUACUCCCAGAACAGGGUGACGGACCAUCGGAGCGGCCGCGAAUCCUCGAACCUGGACGGCGUGCUUGCCGGCGACGAAGCCUUGGAAGCCAUCAUGGAGAGUGUGAGGGAAUGGAUGAGCGAGAACGAGGUCAAGGGCCUUUUGGCCGAGGAGGAGCUGAAGGCCAAGAAUCAGCUGAAUGGGACUGGGGAUGGGAGUACGAACGGAAAGAAAUGA